AGCGAGUGGUGGUUUCCUAAGCUGGUCGCAAGAAUAAGACGUUUUCAUUGUCGCACGAGUGUGGAGGCUCGUUAAAGCCGGUAGUUGAGGCGCUGAGGGGAGCUGUAGUGCGAGUGUUCGAGGAUUCGCUUUGUACAUUUAAAGUGAAGUUUACUGCUAAAAGAUGGCAGACCCAGAUGUCCUCACCGAGGUUCCUGCAGCAUUGAAGAGGUUGGCCAAGUAUGUGAUCCGGGGGUUUUAUGGCAUUGAACAUGCUUUGGCCUUGGACAUCUUGAUCCGGAACCCUUGUGUGAAAGAGGAGGAUAUGCUGGAGCUGCUCAAGUUUGAUCGGAAGCAACUUCGAUCAGUUUUGAAUAAUUUAAAGGGAGACAAGUUCAUCAAAUGCAGAAUGAGAGUAGAGACUGCUGCAGAUGGGAAAACCACUCGCCAUAACUACUACUUUAUCAAUUACCGUACUCUUGUUAAUGUGGUAAAAUACAAAUUGGACCACAUGAGAAGGAGGAUUGAAACUGAUGAGAGAGAUUCCACCAACCGGGCUUCCUUCAAGUGUCCUGUCUGUUUUAAUACUUUUACAGAUUUAGAAGCUAAUCAGCUCUUUGAUCCUAUGACAGGAACUUUCCGCUGCACUUUUUGUGGCACAGAGGUAGAAGAAGAUGAAUCAGCAAUGCCCAAAAAAGAUGCACGCACACUUUUGGCAAGGUUUAAUGAACAAAUUGAACCCAUUUAUGCUUUGCUUCGGGAGACAGAGGAUGUGAACUUGGCCUAUGAAAUACUUGAGCCUGAACCUACAGAAAUACCAGCUCUGAAACAGAGCAAGGACCGUGCAGCAGCUACUGCUGGAGCUGCUGGCUUGGCAGGUGGGCACCACCGGGAAGCAUGGGCCACCAAAGGUCCCUCCUAUGAGGACUUAUAUACUCAGAAUGUUGUCAUUAACAUGGAUGACCAAGAAGAUCUUCAUCGGGCCUCACUGGAGGGGAAAUCUGCCAAAGAGAGACCCAUUUGGUUGAGAGAGAGCACUGUCCAAGGAGCAUAUAGCUCUGAAGAGAUGAAGGAAGGUGGCAUAGAUAUAGAUGCAUUUCAAGAUCGCGAGGAAGGCCGUGCAGGGCUGGAUGACAACGAGGAGGUUAUGCGAGCACUGCUCAUUCACGAGAAGAAGACCCCCUCUGCCACUUCGGGCUCAGUGGGGGCGGCUGCUCCUGUGACCACUGCCAAUGGCAGUGACUCAGAGAGUGAGACCAGUGAGUCAGAUGAUGACUCUCCCCCUCGUUCAGCAGCUGUGGCUGUGCAUCAUCGAGAAGAGGACGAGGAGGAUGAUGAGUUUGAGGAGGUAGCAGAUGACCCCAUUGUUACGGUGGCUGGUCGUCCAUUCUCCUACAGUGAAGUGAGCCAACGGCCAGAGCUGGUGGCACAGAUGACACCGGAGGAGAAGGAAGCAUACAUAGCAAUGGGACAACGCAUGUUUGAGGACCUCUUUGAAUGAGCUCUUUCUACCCUUUCCUCCUUCCUGUAAUGUUCAUUUCAAAAAGAAAUUUCUUGUCUUUGAAGAGAAGUAUUUAUGUGGCUUUCUGCCCUUCUUAAUGUAAAGGACUGUUAAUCUUGAGCAAAAAAACAAUGGGAGAUAAAGAUUGAUUUUUAUGACAGAAACUUUCCCAAAAGGUAGGUUGGCUACAAGCAUUCCCUUCCCUGGUAUUACUACAGUAUUAGUAUUUUACUGUAUUUUUUUUAAUCAAAUCAUUUUCCUUUUCUUUUUAAGACACAUCCUUCCUCCUUGUGAAAUAAGUGAGGUGAGUCUGUAAGGUAAAUUCUUCCUGGCUUUCUGCAGAAACCCACUAUGAUGGGUUGCAGUAAUUCACUGAUCACAUUUUUUAAAUCUAUCCUGAGCAAGCAUUCUGAAUGAUUCCUAACAAAAAGCAGCUUGCCAACAGCAAAUCAUUUGAUGAGGGAAAAAACAAUCUUAAAACUUCAUACUGCCUCACAAUUGAGGAUGGUGUCAAGAAGUAAGGGGAAGUGGGAAUGUGUGCCAAAGAGGGAUGGAUAUGCCUAAAUCUCAUGAUUAAUAUCUAAACCAAAAUGUGUGCAUUUAGAACUGACCUGACUGGUAGAUUCUUUUGUUUUGCUUAUUGCCUCUUGGUUUGUACAUUAGAUGAUAGAAAACAGAAAGUGUGCUUGGUAAACGCUUACAAAGAAAUUAGAAAAAAAUGUGGAUAUAUGACAAUGAGUUCAUAUAAAGUGUUGAAAAGUAAAGAGCAUUGGGAAUAGUACCUUUUAGAAUUGCUGAGUUUGUGCUGAUUUGGAAAUCCUUUAUAGAAAGCUGUGACUGGUUCCUUUCUUUUUCCCUUCUUCUACAGUUCUAUAAAUUGUUUCAUGAGGGCAUUUCAGCAGAAAUCAGCAUAUAACAACUGAUUACUCCCCUCUUUUUCUCUCAACACCAUUGAAUGCUAUCUUUGCUUCUCUCUUGAUUGUUGUCAGACACGGUGUUUUAGAGUACAUCAUAUAUUGUUGAGCAUUUAACCUCAAUGAACAGUUUAUUUUCAGUUCUGAUAUGUAACAUGGUAUUAUUUCCUAAGGCAGAACUUUAAAAAUAAGGAACUUUAAUACAAGGAUCUAUAGCAAUUGUAUAUUUUGUAAUAUUUCCCCUUGCAUUGUAAUUUUUAAGUAUUUAUCAUUUUAUAGUACAUGUGUGAAUUAAGAUAGAUUUUAGAGUUACUUGAGCCUUGUAUGAAGUGAUGUUUCAUUUACCUGGGUUGUAUUAAUGACUACGUAUUGACAAACUAUUUUAUACUGAUUGAAAUUUGUUAAUUUCCAGCUCUGUAACAUCUUGGAGCAUAAUUAAAAUGAAUAUUCGUCCCAUUAAAAAA